UUAAUUCCCGCCCUCGCGCUGUAUCUAUUACAUUCUUUCGCACUAGAACCAAAGAUACUUUGUAUCAGUCACGUAUUUAUCAGUUACAUUCCCGCGCGCCAUCAGGAUAUUAUAUCGAGAUUAGUACAUGCGCGCGAAAUUGAUCUGUUAGCCCCAUUUUAUGUUUGUGCUGCUGGAAAGCAGAAGGGAGGAAAAGAAGCUCCGUCACUUUGUUCCCGUCAUCAGUGCAUCCAGUGCACCCGUAUCACCAGUAAACAGCAGAAAUGGCUGAAGCCCAUCAGGCUGUGGCGUUUCAGUUCACCAUAACUCCAGAGGGAAUCGAUCUUCAGCUAUCCCAUCAGGCCCUGAGACAGGUUUAUCUGUCAGGUCUUCGCUCAUGGAAGAAACGAGUCGUUCGGCUGAAGAACAAUGUGAUCACUGGUGUGUAUCCUGCUAGCCCGUCCUCCUGGCUGUUUGUUGUCAUUGCUAUCCUGGCGACCAUGUACACACGCUCCGACCCCUCCAUGGGUCUCAUCGCUAAAAUCCAGGAACAUCUGCCAGUCAGUGAUUCUCUAAGCAUUCAAUGUCGGACGGUGGUGUCCGCGGUGUUGUUCAGUACGCUCCUCUGGUUAUCUCUCAUCUUCACCAUGAGACUUUGCCUGAAGCAGUUACUAUCCUACCACGGCUGGAUGUUUGAGCAACACGGGAACGUGUCCAACACCACCAAAAUCUGGGCGGGCAUGGUUCGGAUUUUUUCUGGUAGGCAACCUCUGUUGUACAGCUAUCAGGGGUCUCUGCCCAACCUGCCUGUACCCCCGGUGAAGGACACGGUCAAGCGGUACCUGGAAUCCGUGCGUCCGCUGAUGGACGAUUCAGAAUUUGAGAGGAUGACCAAUCUAGCCAAAGACUUUGAGAGCAGUCUGGGAAAGCGUCUCCAAUGGUACCUCAAACUCAAAGCGAUGUGGGCCUCCAAUUAUGUCAGCGAUUGGUGGGAGGAGUAUAUCUACCUGAGGGGGCGUGGCCCAAUUAUGGUCAACAGCAACUACUAUGGAAUGGACUUCCUUUACGUGACACCAACACCGAUUCAAGCCGCACGGGCAGGAAACACGCUGCACGCUUGCCUCUUGUACCGCAGGAAGCUCAACAGGGAGGAAAUCAAACCUAGUCGUGUACCAGGUUUAAAUGUUCCUUUGUGUGCGGCUCAAUGUGAGAGAAUUUUCAACACAACACGAAUUCCAGGAGAAGAGACAGAUUCACUGGUCCACUGGCAGGACAGCGAGUAUGUUGCAGUAUUCCACAAAGGUCGGUAUUUUCGGCUGUGGUUGUAUCACGCCGGUCGUAUGCUGUCGCCCAGAGAGAUCGAACAUCAGGUUCAGCUUAUCAUGGAUGACCCGUCACCCCCUGCGCCGGGAGAGGCCAAACUCGCGGCUCUGACAGCGGGAGACAGAAUCCCUUGGGCUCAAGCCAGGAAGGAAUUUUUCAGCUCGGGGGUGAAUAAGAGAUCCCUGGACUGUAUCGAGAAAGCGGCGUUCUUCGUUACCCUCGAUGACGAUGAGCAAGGCAUGAUGGGAGACGACCCAGCUGGUAAUCUGGAUCGGUAUGCCAAGUCCCUGUUACACGGCAAGUGCUACGACAGGUGGUUCGAUAAGUCCUUCACUGUGGUGAUUUAUAAGAACGGAAAGAACGGCCUGAAUGCCGAACACUCUUGGGCUGAUGCACCUGUGAUGGCUCACCUGUGGGAGUAUGUGAUGACUACAGAUAGUUUCCACCUUGGUUAUAAUGAAGAAGGUCACUGUAAAGGUGAAGUGGACCCGUCCCUGCUGCGACCUCAGCGACUCACCUGGGAUAUACCUGCGCAGUGUCAGGAGCGUGUGGAGAAGUCUCUCACCGUGGCGCAGGCUCUGGCCGACGAUAUCGACUUUCAUGUGUACCCCAUACAAGAAUUUGGCAAGGGCGCCAUCAAGAAGUGUAAAAUCAGUCCUGAUGCCUUUAUUCAGAUCGCCCUACAGCUGGCAUAUUACAGGAAUCGAGGCACAUUCUCUCAGACUUACGAAGCAUCUAUGACGCGUUUGUUUCGCGAGGGUCGUACCGAAACUGUCCGUUCAUGCACCAUUGAGAGCUGUGCUUUCGUUAAAGCAUUUGAGAACGGAGAGAGUAAGGAGGUGUGUAGACGUCUGUUCCGUACAGCGGCUGACAAGCAUCAGAAUCUCUACCGGCUGGCUAUGACGGGUGCGGGGAUAGACCGACACCUGUUCUGCCUCUACAUCGUCUCCAAAUACCUGGGAGAGGAGUCGCCCUUCCUCAAGGAGGUUCUCUCUGAAACCUGGCGUCUCUCCACCAGUCAGACUCCUCUCCAGCAGGUGGAGCUGUUCGAUUUCGUUAAUCACCCUGAAUACACCACCUGUGGUGGAGGAUUUGGUCCAGUGGCGGAUGAUGGCUACGGCGUGUCUUACAUCAUCAUUGGAGAAAACAUGAUCAACUUGCAUAUUUCCAGCAAGUUCUCCUGCCCUCAAACUGACUCGCAUAAGUUUGGAUCCCAGAUCGUUCAAGCCCUGAAAGACCUCCUGAAGUUGCUGUCACCAGAAAAGUCCGACCCAUCCAAACCUGAGCAGAACCACUUUCAGAGCAAAAAAGACCUGUAGGGGUGGAAAUCAUAUACAACAAGAAAACAGAAGGUCACAUAAGUGUGUGUGUAUGCGUGUGUGUUUGCGUGUGUGUGUGUGUGUUGAAUGCAUGUAUAAAUCAUACAAUUUUGCAUCCCUACAUUCCAUGCUUGUGUAAAAAUGCAUCGAUGCCAUGAAGCCAUGAACAACAUAAGAAUGUAUCAAUGGUGGAAGUUGCUUCGUCAUUAAAAAUGAGAAGAAGUGAGAUUAUAGUUGAAUAGUGGAGGAAGAUGUUUCUAACCGUAUGAGGGCCAGUUGCCUGGAUAACUUAGAUUCAGUUUGCCCCUAACUCUUAUAUGAAGCUUUAAAGUGGUUUAGUAUAUGCAUAUAUUACCACAAAAAUAAUGAGUGUUUAAUGGAUGAAGGUCUAACUCGCAAGUAUAAACAGGAUCACACUGCCGUAUCACCUCUGUAUGUUCUGAUGAAGGCACUUUAAUCUGCUGUUACACAGUUAUAAUCACAUCACGGGUCAUGUUAAGCUCGAUUGAAAUUAUACUUGAAAUCUGGAGCAGAGCUUCAUUACGGUUACAGUGACUUAUGACUCAAAAUAAUACACGUGACUGCAGUGUGAAUAUGAUUGAUUUUUGUGGCAUGUUGAUCUCACUAAGACAUUCAUUUUAUAGUGUUUUUUUAUCGUUAUUAUUUAAAUGUGCUAUUUACCUUUGACAUAAAGUCAAAAAUAACCCAAUAACUUUAUACUUAUUCACUGUGUUUAGUAAGUUUGAGUUGAUUAUGUUACAGCAAAAGUUUAAUGGCAUUAAAAGGAAGUAACACCCAAGGAGGAAACGCAUUAACACAUUUUUGUUAACAUCUCAGAUUUUUAUUUUAACUAUAAUGUGAGGUAUAAUUCAUGUUUACUGUGGUACAAAAAAUGCAACAAACUAAAAGUUGAAUGAAUCAGAGGCAUUUAACAAAAAUGUUAAAACCUCUUCCGUCCGUUUAUACAGCACUUAAAACGUUAAUAUUUUGUGAAGGAUAGUGAUGACUGAUUUGAGAUUUUACAGUAAAACCACACGGUUGGUUCACAUACAUCAAUAACCUCAAAAACCUGCAAAACACAAUCUGCAUAAAUAAAUCAUUUGGUAUUAUUGUACGCCCGCUGCUGUACCACUGACACACAUCAUCUUAGUGUUGCUUUAUUAAGACGUAGAUGAAUGAAAUCUUGGUAAGGGCUUCCUGACCUUUCAGUUUUAGUUUCAUUCUGCGUCCUUUUGGCAGCUGUAACUUUAGGCAUUCAGCAUUGUUUAUUUGGCACUUACCCAUUAUUAUGAAGUUGCCUUUCGAUUUUUUGAUUUCACAACUCCUAGAUAUGGUCAUUGUGAGAAUAUUACUAUGUAUUAUCCAAGUCUUAUCUUACUAUGACAUAAUGCUUUUACACCCUAUGCUGUAUAUCUUACUUGAGUUUAAACCUCACAUAUGUUUUUUUUAUUGUUGUCGUUUAUAACUAUUGUUAUUAUUCUAUUAACUUGAAACUGAAAACAAUAGCAAUGCAAAAGUUUGUGCUGAUGUUAGUCUGGAAAGGCGAAUAUUUUACCUCAUCUGUCUUAUGAAUGUUCAUCCAGAGAUCUCUUCUGUUCUGGGCCAGUACUGUAUUCGCUGUCUGCUUUGUCUUUUCUUCAUAUUCAGUUUCAGAUCAUCUGUGUACUGCAAAGCUUUACUCUUUCUCUCUGAUAAUCUUUCAUUCCUUUACAUGUUAUAUCUGAAUGGAAAGUUGUAAAGACAAGGUCACUUUUUUAAUUAAAAUGGUUUAAGCACA